GGUCUAAAAAGGACAAAUGGUCUACAUCUACAAAAACUCCACUGAAAGAUAUUGAUUUUCAUAUCAAGGUGUGGCAACAAUGACAACGCGGAAGUGAGCUGAUAAGAGUUCAGAGAGCGGCUGAAGUACAGCUGUUUUCAGACAUACACGAUGCCUGCCGACGGCGAUAUCAGAUACUGUCAAAGAUUUUCCUAUGCACUCCUUAAAUUCAGCCUGUUCUUCUAUGCCUGCAUCUGGUGGUUAAUAGGCGGAGGUAUCCUGGCCAUUGGUAUCUAUGCUGAGGUAGAGAGGCAACGCUACAAGACACUGCAGGGAGUGUUUUUGGCUCCAGCGAUAAUCCUGAUCCUACUUGGAAUUGUCAUGUUUAUUGUUUCACUCGUUGGAGUCUUGGCUUCACUGAGGGAUAAUCUAACAUUGUUGAAAGUGUUCAUGUACACCCUGACCAUUUGCCUGAUCCUGGAGCUGCUGGGAGGAAUCUUGGCACUUGUGUUUCGCAACCAGACUGUGGAAUUACUGAACAAAAAUAUCCGAAGGGGCAUAGUGAACUACUAUGAUGACUUGGACUUUAAGAACAUCAUGGACUUUGUUCAAAGGAAGUUUAAGUGUUGUGGAGGUCAAGAGUUUAAUGACUGGGAAGUCAACAUGUACCAUAACUGUUCUGCACCUGGUCCACUAGCCUGCGGAGUCCCCUACACCUGCUGCAGUAAUACAAAGCCUAAUGAAGUGGCCAAUACUAUGUGUGGGUACCAGGUGCUCCAGAAAGCGCGAUUGGAGUUGUUGGAUAUGAUCCAUAUUCGAGGCUGCACUGAUGCGGUCUUCAUCUGGCUAAUGGACAACUAUAAGAUAAUGGCAGGACUUUUGUUGGGGAUCCUACUUCCUCAGUUCUUCGGUGUGAUAGUCAGCUGGCUGUAUAUCACUCGUGUUGAAGAUGCCAUCGCUGAGUACGGCCUCUAUAUGGAUGGCCUGUUGGAUGGACAGGAAAGUCCUAGAAAGAAGCAUGGCCGGGUGACCAAAUGGUUUAGGUGUAUGCCAGUUAUUUAGAGUUUGAUAUUCAACCUUGCUUUUUUUCAAUGUCUUUCAUACUAUUAGUUCCUAAUUAAUGUUUUACAGUCUCCUAAUGGAAAUGAUAAAAAAAAAUCAGAAUUCCUGUGCGAGGUUUUUAGCUGUAUUGUGCCACAGACAAUCUCAGGGAUGAAGACAAAGCAAUGCAACCACUUCGUACCUGUUUGUUUUUUUUUCUGUCGAAUAUAUUACUUUUUUACUUUGUGUAACCACUAAGGAGUUAAUCAUGACACCCUAAAAUGCAUUUUUUUCAAGGACCAUGAUAGAGAUUUUAAACUCAUUGGUUGAAAUGUGCCUUGUCUUUUUUUCUUACAUUUCUGCACAUGUGUAAAAAUGUUCAUUGAACCCCUGUGAUUUGUUCAUUAUAUUGAAGGCUCAUUCCUCCAAUAAGGCAACUGAAUUUCAAGAACCUAGUAGAGGAACAUGGGACAAUGGAAAAAUUAGCCCAAAUUUAGGUGAAAUACAGAAUUGGCCUUGGUGGGUGAUACACUCUGUGAAUUUGUAACAACUAACCUGAGGGUAUUAUGUUCACAGUAAUUUAUUCAACAAGGCAGUAGCUGUAUUUAGUUUUUGAUCAAAUACAUUUUUGUGUUAUCAAAAAUCACUGCUCAUCAUUUAUUAAGUAUAUGAUAAUGGGGUAAGGGAUAUUUUUAAGUGUAAAAGUACUGCACUGAUGGAUUAUUUAGUUGCUCCACAGAGGUCUCUGUCUUCAGACCUUCACUCACCAACCCAGACCACCUCUCUACAAUAAAAUAAACAUAAUUGUUGCACAUAAUGGACCUGCAAAUUAUGUUUUCCUCAAACCAAAAUUGGCUAAUUGCAUUAAUAGUAUAUUUUUCUUUGACAUUGUUGGGUGUAUUUAAAAUAUUUAUGCCAAAGGCUCCACUAAAAUUACUAAUAUUUACAUUGUAUUGUACAACAGAUGAAGUUGCUUGUUAUGCAAAAUCAUUCUAAUAAAGGACUCCUGGUAGUUUUAUAUUUUUAAUUGCCUAGUUUAAACUCAUUUUGAAGGUUUGUCAAUAGGAAAGAUCUGUAACUGUCAUAACAUUCUGCACAUCAUAGGUAAAUUACAUUUGUAAGCCUUUAAUGAUGGUUCAACCAAAGUUUACUUUAUAACUCACUUCAUCGUGAAGGUUCAAUUUUAUAUUUCCAUGUAAAAUAUGUUUGGCUUAUGAGCAAGUUGUAUAAAAUGGAAAUUUACAUGAGUUUUGAUGUUUCAGCUUAUUCAUUAUUUGGCUUUAAUUUAUGAAGCUGAGGACUAGGGUGUGCAGGAAUAAAAUUAUAGCUUGGGUACUGUGGGUCUUAAACAUGAGCAUCUGUAAUUUUUUUCUGUACUCACACAGAAUCAGGGUGAAAAUAAAGUUGCAUAAGAUUGCUUCUAGCUGGUUAAACAGCAUGUAAUGCAUUAAGGAAAAAAAACUACGGGUUUUUACUAACACUGGUUACUAACAUUGAUAACUAAAUGGGAAUAUUUUGGCUAAAGACAACUUGCAUAAUCAUAUGUUGAUUCAAUUCAUGAAGCUGUAAGUGUCGAUGCUGUACAUUUUUACAUUAGUUAUUUUCCUAUUUAUAUCGUUGUUAGCAUACUUCAACACUUGCCACCAAAGAAACUUCCUUCCUGUUACUGUGUCAGUUGCUCCAAAUGUGUUACACUUCGACCAUAUUUCAGUCAUGAUUAAAGCAAAAGUAUUUUCUUUAUAAAGCACUGAGAUCACAUAUGUUAAUUUUUGUAGUUUCUGCUCUCCUACUGUGUGUAUUUAUCUAUGCAUUGUGCUAUGUGCAUGUGCUGUGCAUGCCGUCAUUAUGUGGGUGAUCCUCCUCUGUCCAUUUACACUGAAGUAUGUUUUGAAAGUGUAAGUUUCUUAUUGGGUGUGGAAAAUAAAAUGAUUUGGUGCUGUU